AUGGCCAAGAGCUCUACUGGUAUGAAUCUGAAGGAAGGGCCGCGGGGAUCGAUAGUGAAGUUUGCUACUAGUAGUACUAAUGGUGGUACCAGUGCCGGUAUGAAUCUGCAUGGUAGUGCUACCAGUGCUAGUGCCAGUCUACAAGCUCCCAUUGCCAUUGACAAUUUCUUCAAGAACAUUAGCCCCGUGGGAAAAUUCGACCGUUGGAUCAGUGGUAUCCUGCAAAAGACAGUGCUGCAGCCACACUACUAUUUGCGGAGACAACUAUACUUUAGUUUUGGCAUUACGGCCUGUCUGGGUAUAUCGUUCUUUGUGGGGAUUGGAAUUUUGACGGCGACGCUGAGUGGACUAACCGUCAUUCACGAGGCGCGACAAGUUCAGGAAGAUUUGGCGCGCCACACACUGGGCACGUCGGCUCGAUACACGGCCGAAACCAUUACCAAGAAAUUCAACAAUUACGUCACGGCAUCGGCAUUGCUGCGACAAGCCACUAUGGAUCGCAUUGUGGGAUACAAACAUGAAUCCAACACGUUUCUCUCGCCAGAAACCACCGACCGGUGGAUCCCCUUUCUCGAUAGUGACACGGGAGCACCCAUCUAUCCACUCGAUACACCCGAAUUGCUACGUUUGGAUUGGAAUGUAUCCACCAACAUUCAUACCGCUCAAGAUGCUCAAGAACACUUGCAAGGCCGAAAAUCGUGGUUUCCCGAAAAGUUGCAAGUCAGUACGGCAUAUGCCGCCUAUUUCAUGCAGGGCGCUUGUGAUCCCACGGCACUGGAGCAAGAUGAUCCCGCCUUCUAUCCCAAUUGCACUCACGCCAACAAUAAUCUCGAAACGGGAGGUGUCGUCAGUCCUUCGCCCACCAAUCGCUUUUUGGCCAACAAAGCCAAAGACUUGGUAUUUUUACUCAAAGGACUCUACGAAAGUCACGUCAAAGUCAAACAAUUGGGCGUUUACUUUGCCAAUUCUGGGGCGGGCAGUUAUGUCAAAUUUCCGGCCCAUAUCCGGGAUGGAGCCGGUACAUACACCACAAUUGGCUGCGAUUGGUUGCGACGGACCAUUAAUCCGUACACGCGCAAAUUCAUGGGCACGGCCGAAGAAGCGGCGCGAUGUCACCCGUACUCGCGUACCAACAGCACACAAAACAUCGUGCCGCUCCGCGAAUACAAUGCCUUGGAACGACCGUGGUGUGUCCGACAAGCCAAAUCCCGCGAUGGAACUCCUGUGAGCACGGGUCCCUACAAGGACGCAUCGUCCAGUGCCGACGCUACCAUUUGGGUAUUGACAUUUGGACACGGCGUCUUUGAUCGACUGACCCAAGAAUUCAUUGGGUGCACACUGAUUGAUGUCACACUCGCCGAUCUACGGGAUGUACUCGAUAGUGUCCAAGUCGGUGUCACGUCGUCCGUCGCAUUGGUUCGAUGGCAGCGACAAGACGAAAUACAAGGUGAUACGGCACGCGAAGGCAUGGUCAUUGCCUGUGCCAAUUGUCAAGUCGAUCCACUCCAACAAACCGAAUUGUUGCAUGUCACCAAUCCCAAAUUGGGAUUGGGAGUUGAUGAAGUGCUCUUUGCACAAAUGCAAUCGCUGGUGGAUUAUAAUCAAGUGUGGGAUCCAGAUGAUGUACGGCGGCGCUACAAUCAAACUGUUUAUACCAAUGACGGUCGCCUGAUCAUGAUGUCCCCCAUUCCCUAUUUGCCGUCGGAAUACGAUCCUUUCUACCGGCCCGAGUACAUGAUUGUCAUGACCAUUUCGGAAGCGGAAAUUUACGGAGAUUCCAAUCGCAUGGAAGCCGUGAUUCGUGGGGAUAUUCGAACUGUCAUUCGAGAUAUUUGUCUCAUUGGCGUGAGUGGAUUAGUCCUCAUUUUUGGAUUUCUGACUUGGAUCAGUCGGACGCUGUCCAAACCAUUGACGUGGAUGCAGGAAACCACGGCACGUGUCAUUACCAAUGCCGGUGGGGAUGAUUUGGCGGCGGGAACGGGCAAUAAUACAACGGCGCACAUGGCACAAUGCAGUCCUCGUACUGAAGUUACCGUGCUCUUGUCGGAAUUCGAAAUGAUGAUGGAUGGUUUUUCUGGAACUGGUGCCGCCGAAGUCGCAGAUGCUCGCAUCAAUGAAGUAGAAAACAAAUUUGUAUGGAGAGAAGCGUACCAAGUACUGUAUCCCUACAAUUUUCGAAAGAACGAGAUUGAGAGUGACGACGACAGUGUCCAGGAGCGAAAUCGGAUCGCCGAUACGGUUUCCGUGACGACACAGGUGACGUUGCUUUCGGCAUUGACGGAAAACAGUCUGGUGCAGUCCUACAUUACACAACCGUACAGUGAGUUGGCUCAGAAUUUGACCAAGUCGGUGUCGUCCAUUGCCAAUGCCAGCUACACGGCCGGCAUGGAACGGUUACCAGAGUGGGCACAAAAGCUACUCAAUGCAGGCACGGUGGAAUCGGACGACCUCCCAGAUUACAUUGUUUCGCCACCCAAGGUCAAUCAGGGACGCAACAUGAAAAACACCGAGACGGGAAGUGUAGACCACAACAAGCCAAUAGAGGUAUCGAGUUCCUCCCGGCUGUUCUGGUGGGUGACAUUGUGUAUCGGAGUUCCCAUCCUGGGCACUGCAACUGCUGUCGUAUGGAUGGGUCAGGAAUGGAUUCGCAGCAACUUGGGUGAUUGGCUGGAGGAUGUCAAGGCGUCCUCGUAUGACCUAGAACAGGAUGCUAUUGUUACUGCUACUCUCUCACGCUCAGCAUACGGCGAAGAGGUAAUGUUUCGGUUCACCAGAGAUUUGCACAUUUAUGCUCGAACUGCAGGGUGGCUGCUGUUCGGCGCAUUGACAAGAUCCAAGGGUUUCACGACACUGCGAACCGGGGCCGAAGAAUGCAAAGUUUACGAAAAAGGAACCUGUCCUUUCCAAGACAAUCGUGUUCCGUGUGACUGUGCCUGGAAUGACCCCUAUGCGACAGAAGGUCAAUGCACCAACUAUUCAGCCUCUCCUCUUGCUUAUCUUGGAUCUCGACCGUAUCAAACUAGUUGGUUCGAAGGCCAACGCACCGACAUUGACCCUGAGACCGGCGCCCGAGUCUCGGCGGCCUCGUACAACAAAACAAGUGCAACACCGGACGGAACGGCUUGGUGGUCUGAUCCUUCUGAAUUACCAGGUGCUGAAAAGGGCUCAUCUGCAGCUGGGUAUGCAACGACCUACGAUCGAGUACGCGUGCUAUCCGCCAUGGCUGCCAUUCAGUUCCCUCUGUACAACUAUUAUCCAGGUCGUGAUGAAGAGCGGCAUUUGGGUUCCUUCAUCGGCUUGGAUGCAGACGGGAUGAUGUUUGGCUAUGUUGGCUGUGGAAAAGGACACUCUGAGUAUGCCCACUUCCAGUCCAAAAUCUCAAACGGUGCUGCUAAUGUUGCUCCUAAAUUGUGUCCCAAGGGAAAGUUCGGAUAUGACUGCCGCUGUAGAGGAUGGUACGAGCGUGCCAGAGAAGAGGAAGUGUACAUUUCCUCACCCUACGUCUUUGCAGCCGGUGCUAUUGGGACUUCAGCAGCCUCGACCAUCAGGGAUCCAGUGACAUCUGAACUGAUAGCUGAGGCUCUCCUUGAUUUCCUUCCGACUGCCCUUGCUAAAGCACUGGGGCCAGGUAGUACAGUAAUUGGACCUGGCGAUCAGGGCUUCCCGAUAGUGAUUACUCCAAGCAAAAACAUCUUUGGAGGGAACACUAUUAUUGGCCCCGGUUACGAGAUUGACGACGGUUCUACAUCGAUUCUAGACUUAAUUGUUCCCGAAGAUUCGAAUUCCACAAGAAACUACCAGGAAUUCAGCAAGAUAGUGAAGAAAAUGGACCAAGGCGACAGUGGCAACGUGACCUUCGUUAGAACUCAAGACGGCGAUCCUCAAAGCGUUUUCAUGGCAUAUGCUCCAGUCAAUGUUAGGGUUCUCCGUCCUGUUGACCACCGCGACUUCGCAGCUGGAAGCAAUGCUUCUUCAAAACUGGUAUACGGACUUGCCAUCGGCAUUGUCGAGAGCGACCUUUUCCUUCGAUACGAAGCGGUCGAGGAAAGAGUUGACCAGCAAGUUUUCAUGUCGACCGCCGUCAGCGUUUUCUCCAUGGUGAUCAUUGCAACUCUUUUCACCGUCUUGACCUACUACAUCUCCCUGAAUAUCAUCCGUCCAAUCAUCGCUUUGACAAAGAUUGUCAAGAGCAUCAAGAACAAGAGCCUUCGUGAAGAGAUUCCCGACGUACAGGGUGGUAGCAGGGAGGUUUCGUUUGUUCAUGAGUCGUUCCAACGGCUCAUGAAAGUUGUUCGCUUCGCAAAUACUGCUUUUUUUGCGGGAGAUAGAACCCAAUCAUUCCAUAGCAUGGAGGAUGCUCUCAAUUUGUUUGUGAAGCUCGGUAAUCAAAAAGCAAUCGGCGUGGCAAACAAUAACCUUGGUACAAUGGUGCUCCAAGAGCAAAUGGAAUCGUUUGGAACCGAUCGCCAUUUUGACAACAGCAUGUUUGGUAUCUGCAUUUCCGAAAUCUAUAACGUUGGAAUAAACUACUUUGACGAAUCGAUCAAGAAUGGAUCGUUUGAAUAUGAGCUGGCGCGAGACACCGAAGACAUGGGUCCGUAUGCUAAGCAGCUCGCCAACCGUCACUUCAACCGUGGGAUGUUUCUUGUGGUGGUUCGACACCAUCCGUUGUGCCCCAGUUGGAUAAACGAAGAUGGUGUUAGUGAUAUCCUCAGGGCCAAGGACCUCGACCUUGAAGUAAUGAAAUUCCUGCACCUGAACCAUUUGGAGAAAGCAUAUGAAGUGCAAGAGUUUGAAAGUCUCCUUCGGCGUGCCCGGGGAAUCUUGUUGCUGGUUCGGAACUAUGGCUUCGCUGAUCCAUGGGGAAUUGAUACUCUCAUCGAGAUGGCAGACACAAUGCUUUCAGAAGCCGUGUUUACAUCAAACCUUUUCAAUGCCAUGGGCAGAGUAGGACGACGCCAACAGAUUGACGACCUUCGGAUACAACACGAACUCUGCAAAAAGGACUACCUGGCUGCUGGCAAGAUCGCAAUGCGCAUGCUGGUGGAGGAUGAGUAUAUCAUAGAUACGGUGAUUGUCAAUGCCAGUACGGCGGUGAACCGUUACUUUCAAUCGGAAGGGAUCCGGAUCCCAACAAUCAAUGCCACUCAAUAUCUGCAAAGAGAAACGCGAAAGGCUCAGGUGAAUGUGAUGCGAGAAGCGAAGAAUGUUUUCUUUUGUUUGGAUUAUAGUGGCAGCAUGGCUGGCGAACGCAUGGCUCGUGCUAAUAAGAACCUAUUGUGGGUGUACCACGAACAUUGUUCAGACAAAGACAUGGUUGGGUUUAUUCGGUUUAAUCAUGACAUUGACGAUAGUCUGUGGUUUCCGUUGGGCAAGAAAGGAGAUUGGGGCCAAGUUCAAGAAGCCGUCUUGAUGCAAGCCACUGGAGCUGAAGGUGGAACUCGAUUUUACGCAGCCCUCAAUCGUUGCGUCACACAGAUUCUGAAUACGGAAACAAAGAAUGACACAUGGAUCAUUGCCUUGACAGACGGAGAGUCAUCCUGGGACCAUCCUGCGAAGAAAGUAGUGGAACGAAUAUCGAACUCGAACAAGAAACGCAGCGCAAAGAUUCAUGUAAUCAUCAUUGGUUUUGAAGUUCCUGUUUCCGUGGUCAAGACUUGCAAAGGGGUGACAGCUGUCACGGACAAAUCCCUUUACAUUGAUGCUCGCGGUGGAUUGGAAGAAAUGGACAAAGCGUUUGAACAGGUGGUGUCUGUGAUUGGAGGGAGUGCCAUUACUAUGGAAUCAUUUUGA